CUCAAACAACAAUAAAAGAGAUUUAGUUUGGUUAGAUUUUAGAUUUUCAUGGUAAUUUAGUGUUUGGUUUGCUUCAAGUGAAGAGAAUUAAUCAAAACGCAGUAAUGUACGAAGAAAGAAACAUUACCAAUAGGAAUUAGAAUUCCCACACAUGAAGGAUAGAUUUGAAACUACCAAACGUUUAGUAGCCGUUGCACUAUUUUUGCUUUUCAUUUGGACAUGCCAGCAACUCUUUGGAGAAUAAAGAAAUAAAUAGCUUAUCAAUCAUGUCCAAGCACAAAGUAUCGUAUUUCUUCAAUCCGGAUGUAGGCAAUUUUCAUUAUGGCACUGGUCACCCGAUGAAGCCGCAUAGACUCUCCGUUAUCCACAGUCUCAUCAUGAAUUAUGGGCUGCAUAAAAAGAUGCAAAUAUACAGACCUUACAAAGCCAGCGCACACGACAUGUGCCGAUUCCAUUCCGAUGAGUACAUAGAUUUCCUACAAAAAGUCACACCGCAAAAUAUCCAAGCUUACACGAAACAUCUCAGCCAUUACAACGUUGGAGACGAUUGUCCGGUUUUCUACGGCCUCUUUGAUUUCUGCUCGAUGUACACCGGCGCUUCGCUCGAAGGAGCCAUGAAACUGAACAACAAUGAUUGUGAUAUCGCUAUAAACUGGUCAGGCGGACUGCAUCACGCUAAAAAAUUCGAAGCGUCCGGUUUCUGCUACGUCAACGACAUAGUAAUAGCGAUAUUGGAACUACUCAAGCACCACCCCAGAGUUUUGUACAUAGAUAUCGACGUUCACCACGGCGACGGGGUGCAAGAAGCCUUCUACUUAACCGAUAGGGUGAUGACGGUCAGUUUCCACAAAUACGGAAACUAUUUUUUCCCAGGCACCGGGGAUAUGUACGAAAUAGGCGCGGAAAGCGGCCGGUAUUACUCAGUUAAUGUUCCUUUGAAAGAAGGCAUCGACGACGCCAGUUACUGGCAAGUUUUCAAGCCCGUCAUAUCCGCAGUUAUGGAAUUUUACCAGCCCACUGCUAUCGUGCUGCAGUGUGGAGCCGACUCCUUAGCUAUGGAUAGGCUGGGCUGUUUCUCCUUGAGUACAAAAGGCCACGGCGAAUGCGUGAAAUUCGUAAAAAGUUUAAACGUGCCCACGCUAGUAGUAGGCGGCGGUGGAUAUACCUUGAGGAAUGUAGCGAGAUGUUGGACCUACGAGACCUCUUUGUUGGUAGACGAGCAAAUAUCGAACGAACUACCGUUCACCGAAUACUUGGAGUUUUUCGCCCCCGACUUCACUUUGCAUCCCGAAGUUGUGACGAGACAGGAAAACGCCAACAGCAAGCACUAUUUAGAAGCUAUCACGAAGUUUACUUUUGAUAAUUUGAAAAUGUGCCAGCAUUCGCCUAGCGUGCAAAUGCACGACGUGCCCGGUCCGGCCCUGACGGAAGACGAGAAAAUGAAGGAAGAGGACGAUCCGGACGUUCGUAUUAGCCAGGAUCUGGAAGACAAGAUGGUCGAAGCGAAAAACGAGUUUUACGAUGGAGAUAAAGACAACGAUAAGGAAGACGUAAAGACGUGAAAGCGUGAAAAUUAUUUCAAAACUUACAUUUAAUUUAAAAAAUAAACGUAUAUACAGCUUUCUAUUCAACUAUAUCCGAUUUCGAAAUGUCCGUUACAAUUACUAUCACAACAAUUUGGUCCUAGCGCGCAGCGUUCAGCAGUACACCUUUCGCGAUUUGGUUUUUUCGUACAGUUUAUUUUUUAAAUCGCGCUUCACGUCCGCGAUGGUGUAGUUCAUUUGCUUGGCGUACGAGGAGGAAUAACUGUGAUCGUAGAACGAAGGGUUGCUCGUUUUCACCGCUUUCUGUUUACCGGGAUCCAAGUAUUUCUUAACGAACGACUGCGCUGUGAAGCUGAUCGUCUCCUCGCUGGUUUUCUUCUUAACUUGCAUCUGUUCUUCAUACGUGUGGUUCUUAACGUGCUUCCGAAGACUGCUCGGGUCCGUGUACUUUUUGGUGCAUCCGUAUACUUGGCAAGCGUA